CCAUAGUCCUUACGAGAUCAGAGUUAAAAAGCGUUCUUCAGAGAGGUGAAACCAAGGAAGGAGACAGCGAAACACAUACACAGAGAGAGAGAGGCGGCUAGGGAUCAGUGUUUCUCACUGACUUUGAUUCUUUCUUUCUUUUUUUCCCUCGAUUCCUUGCCUCCAUUGAAGCCUGUUCGAAGAUUCUUCCUCCUCCUCCAUGUGCGUGUGUUUUUCGGAGACGAUGAUGCUUUUGAAUUGACAAAUUCCUCCUUUUUUUGCGACUGUUUCGCCUCAAGUUCCUCGGGUUUUGAUUUCCCGCUCUGUUCUUCAGAUCUUGGUUUCUCGAUUUCUUCUCCUGAUCGAUCAAAACAUGGCUUACCUGAUGUAGCAAUUGGAUCAAACCCUUUCUCAAAGCUCUGAGUUUUUAGUGAAAUCUGUCUCCUCUGCAUAUAGUAGAUUCGGGUUCUCUACGUUUCAUGGUCGGUCUAGGUAUUAUCUGCCUCUGCUUUGUCAGGCUCGUGUUGGUUUCAGACAAAGGCACUGGUCUUGAAGGGAACGGGAACGGUCUCUCCUCGGCAGCUGCUUCUGCUGUUUCCUUGGUUUCACCUUCCGUUUCAUGUCUCGGAACCUAGACAGUCCUGUUCAGACACAGAUGGCAGUAGCGGUAUUCAAGACACCCCUUACUGGGGCUAAUAAGAUGGAAGGGAAGCAGCAUAAACAUCACCAGCAGCUACAGAGACAAUCCUCUGGACGAAGGGUUUUUGUGCAAACUGAAACUGGUUGUGUUUUGGGAAUGGAGCUUGAUCGUAGUGACAAUGUUCAUACAGUGAAGAGAAGGCUUCAGAUUGCUCUUAAUUUCCCCACUGAGGAAAGCUCCUUGACCUAUGGGGAUAUGGUGUUGACGAACGACCUGAGUGCUGUGAGGAACGAUUCUCCGCUUCUCCUGAAACGUAACUUCAUGCACAGAAGCUCGUCUACUCCUUGUCUUUCACCUACUGGGAGGGAUCUGCAGCAGAAAGAUCGAAGUGGUCCUAUUGAGAUACUAGGCCAAUCAGAGUGUUUUUCGAUUGUAAAACAAAUGGUGAAGGACAUUGUGAAGGCGAUGAAGGUGGGCGUUGAACCACUCGCUGUUCAUAGCGGGCUUGGAGGUGCAUACUAUUUUAGGAACAAAAAGGGUCAGAGCGUUGCGAUUGUGAAGCCGACGGAUGAAGAGCCAUUUGCACCUAACAAUCCGAAAGGCUUUGUUGGGAAAGCACUUGGCCAACCUGGCUUGAAGUCUUCUGUAAGGGUUGGAGAAACCGGUUUUAGGGAAGUUGCUGCUUAUCUUCUUGAUUAUGACCGCUUUGCGAAUGUGCCUCCCACUGCUCUUGUGAAGAUUACUCAUUCUGUAUUCAAUGUCAACGAUGGUGUGAAAGGGAACAAGCCUCGGGAGAAGAAGCUUGUUAGCAAGAUUGCUUCUUUCCAGAAGUUUGUGGCUCAUGAUUUCGAUGCCAGCGAUCAUGGCACUUCAAGCUUCCCUGUGGCUUCUGUGCACCGCAUUGGUAUAUUGGACAUAAGGAUCUUCAACACAGACCGUCAUGGUGGGAACCUUUUGGUGAAAAAGCUAGAUGGAGCCGGGACUUUUGGUCAAGUUGAGCUUAUUCCAAUAGACCAUGGUCUGUGCUUGCCAGAAACCUUGGAGGAUCCUUAUUUCGAGUGGAUUCAUUGGCCUCAGGCAUCAUUGCCUUUCUCUGAUGAAGAGCUUGACUACAUUCAAAAGCUUGAUCCAUUGAAGGACUGUGACAUGCUUCGAAGAGAACUUCCAAUGAUUCGAGAAGCUUGUCUACGGGUUCUUGUUCUCUGUACUAUUUUCCUAAAAGAAGCUGCUGGUUAUGGGAUGUGUCUUGCCGAGAUUGGUGAGAUGAUGACUCGGGAAUUUCGACCAGGAGAAGAGGAGCCAAGUGAACUCGAGGUUGUGUGUAUAGAAGCCAAGAGAUCAAUCACUGAGCGAGAUGUGUUCUCUCCAAGGUCAGAUUUAGUAGGAGAAGCAGAGUUUCAGUUUGAUCUAGACUGUGAUGAGCUAGAAUCAGUUUAUGGCUCCAAGAUACAACUAACCGAUGACUACUUCACGAAAAACCCUUUUUCAAACGGACGGUCUUCACUCGGAAAGCUGGAAGAAAGCAUCAAGGAAGAAGAAGAAGAUGAAGAAGAGGAGGACAAUACUGAAAAUGCUGUCCCCAUGAUCACCAUGAAAGACAGCUUUUUUAGUUCUGCUGCUUUUCUUGGCAAAUCUACAUCUCUUUCACAGCUCUCUACUUCCAUGAAGAACACACAUCUUAGCGACACGGGACGAAAAGCCCCAAAACCUUUAACUAGAGGCAAAUCUGAAAACACAUCGUCUGGUCACAAAAGCGCAAACGAACAGCUUCCAGUGAGUGCAAGCUUUGUGAAAGUAGCAGACAUGAAAGAAGACGAGUGGGUUCUGUUCUUGGAGAGGUUCCAAGAGUUGCUUGGACCGGCUUUCGCAAAACGCAAGACCGCAACGUUGAGUAAGAGACAGAGACUUGGCACUUCAUGCCAGUUUUGAGAACCGUAUAGUAAAAGUAAAACUCAAGAGAGAAAGUUAAAAGAGAGACAGAAUCUACAGUUUGGAGUGAGACACUGAAGGCUUCUAUGGUAUUUAAAAAAAAUAGUUUACGUUUGGAAGGUUUGGCUUAUGACAAGCGACGAGGUGAAAAAGGGGUUUGUUUGUUUUCUUUUUUUCUUACUGUUUUGUAUAUAUCUGUCUUUACCUUUUCCUUCCUUGUGAUCUUCUUUGUUUUCUUUUCUUUUUUGCCCCUUUAUCACCCACCUUUUCUAGUUUUUUUCCUUUGGUAUGUCCUUGUGGCUUGGCCUUGUCUCAUAAAUAAUAUUAGUCUUCUUUCGAGUUUUA